AUGUUUUCGAGAAGAGGAAUAUCGGGUUGGUGUUUGCCCUUUAUUGGUGUUUUGUAUGCGGUUGUUUUGAUUGCGGGGCCUUUGUUUCUGGGCGGGUCGGCUGGGUCUUCGCGUGGGGGGUUGGUUUUUGGUGCUGAGGAGGAGGUAGCGCAGGACGGAGAGUAUGGAACUGUUAUUGGUAUUGAUUUGGGUACGACGUACUCAUGCGUUGCUGUUAUGAAGAACGGGAAGACGGAGAUUUUGGCUAAUGAACAGGGGAACCGGAUCACGCCGUCGUAUGUGGCGUUUACGGACGAGGAGCGGUUGAUUGGGGAUGCGGCCAAGAACCAGGUUGCGGCGAAUCCUACCAACACUAUUUUUGACAUCAAGAGGUUGAUUGGGUUGAAGUACGAUGACAAGACGGUGCAGCGGGAUAUCAAACACUUGCCGUUUACAGUUGUUAACAAGGGCGGGUCGCCUGCUGUGGAGGUGUCUGUCAAGGGCGAGAAAAAGAGCUUUACACCUGAGGAGGUUUCCGGUAUGAUUCUAGGUAAGAUGAAGCAUAUUGCGGAGGAUUACUUGGGCAAGAAGGUCACGCAUGCGGUGGUCACUGUGCCAGCGUAUUUCAGCGAUGCGCAGAGACAGGCCACCAAGGAUGCAGGUAUUAUUGCUGGGUUGAAUAUUUUGAGAAUUGUCAAUGAACCCACUGCGGCAGCUAUUGCUUAUGGAUUGGACAAGAGCGAGGAUGAGCGCCAGAUUAUAGUUUAUGAUUUGGGUGGUGGUACCUUUGAUGUUUCGUUGUUGUCGAUCGAGAAUGGUGUGUUUGAAGUUCUAGCCACUGCCGGUGACACUCAUUUGGGUGGUGAGGAUUUCGAUUACAAGUUGGUUCGUCAUUUCGUGAAGCUGUUCAAGAAGAAGCACGGUAUUGAUGUUACUGACAACGAGAAGGCGAUGGCCAAAUUAAAGAGAGAGGCGGAAAAGGCCAAGCGUGCAUUGUCGAGUCAGAUGUCUACCAGGAUUGAGAUCGAUUCCUUUGUUGAUGGGAUCGAUUUUUCGGAGACGUUGACUAGGGCCAAGUUUGAAGAGUUGAAUUUGGAUCUAUUCAAGAAGACGUUGAAGCCUGUUGAAAAAGUUUUGCAGGACGCCGAUUUGCCUAAGGAGAGAGUUCACGAUAUUGUUCUAGUCGGUGGUUCCACCAGAAUCCCCAAGAUUCAGCAAUUGUUGGAAACAUUUUUCGAUGGCAAGAAGGCUUCUAAAGGUAUUAACCCAGACGAGGCGGUUGCUUACGGUGCUGCCGUGCAAGCUGGUGUCUUGUCCGGUGAGAAAGGUGUGGAAGAUAUCGUCUUGUUGGAUGUCAAUGCGUUGACCUUGGGUAUUGAGGUAACUGGUGGUGUUAUGACCCCAUUGAUUAAAAGAAACACCCCAAUCCCCACCAAAAAGUCCCAAAUCUUUUCGACUGCUGUGGACAACCAGCAAACUGUUAUGAUCCAAGUAUUCGAAGGUGAGAGAGCCAUGGCCAAGGAUAACAAAUUGUUGGGUAAGUUUGAGUUGACCGGCAUCCCGCCAGCACCAAGAGGUGUUCCCCAAGUGGAGGUCACUUUUGGAUUGGACGCCAACGGUAUCCUCAAAGUCUCUGCCACCGAUAAAGGUACAGGUAAAUCUGAAUCCAUCACCAUCAACAAGGACAAGGGUCGGUUGUCUCAAGAGGAGAUUGACAGAAUGGUCGAGGAAGCUGAAAAGUAUGCUGCCGAGGAUGCAGAGAUUAGAGAAAAGGUUGAAGCCCGUAACAAGUUGGAGAACUACGCCCACUCAUUGAAGAACCAAGUCAAUGGUGAUUUGGGUGCUAAGUUGGAUGAAGAAGACAAGGAGACCUUGUUAGACGCUGCAAGUGACGUUUUGGAAUGGUUGGAAGACAACACGGAUACCGCCGGCAAGGAAGAGUUUGAAGAGAAAUUCGAAUCUUUAUCCCAGGCCGCCUACCCAAUCACUUCCAAAUUGUACGGUGACGCAGCAGCAGGCGCUGGUAGCAGCAAUGACGACGACGACGACGAAGAUGAUGAUGAUGAUUACUUUGACCACGAUGAAUUGUAA